AUAUAAGUAGGACCUUGCACGGCGUCCCGUCUAACUUGAGCAACAUCGCAAGCGCGCAAACCAAACCUCCCAAUGGCAUCCUUCUACGCAGCCAUAGGUUUCAUCCUCCCCUUCCUCCUCACCAUCGCAUUGCCCCAAUCUACUGGUUCCCCUGCCGCGACGCCGUCGACCACCGGGUCAUUAUCCAUCGAGGACGCCUGCAAGCAGACCGCCAAGCUCUACGACCUCUGCAUGGCGACGCUCUCCCCGGACCGGUCCUCCUUGACGGCUGACGCUGUGGGCCUGACCAGGGCGGCCGUCCUGGCUGUCCAGAAGAACGCGUCCGAGACAGCCACAUACCUCUCAAACAUCGAUGAAGAUGACAACUUCAAUAAAACGGCGCAGCUGCAACAAUGCCUCGAGGACUGUGGGGAGCGGUACGAGGCGGCCGUGGAGCAGCUGGCAGACGCGGCAAUCGCGCUGGACAUGGGGGCAUACGACGAGUCGCAGGUGCUGGUAUCUGCAGGCCAGGCGGAGGUGAGGCUGUGCCAGAAGGGGUGCCAGGACUUACCAGAACACCGGAGCAUCCUCAUGGCGCGCAACACCGAGGUCGACCAGCUCUGCAAUAUCACUCUCGCUAUCGCCAAGCUUAUCCCCCGGUGACCGGACUCUGCUCGCUCAUGGUGGUAUAUGACUGCCAUAUUGUCUUUGAAGACAUGGUGGCUAGUGAAUUAACUUAUCUAGCAGAUGGGAGCCAGAUCGUGCCUCUGACCUUCUGUGUAAACUAGCUGAAUAGCCAUAUUUUACUAUGGCUAGAUAAACAUGCUGCGCGACAGAUUAUGCUAUCAUCGUCAUACUCAGUCGGGUCCACACCAAAAGAUUAAGUUAGUUCAUUUCAUUUUCUUCAGUAUACAAAUUGACAAUAUGUGUUGCCCAAAA